AUGUCUAGCACAGGGAUGAUCAAAUUUAUAUUGAGAGCAGGUUUCCUUGGGAAAUUAAUCAAUAAAGCCUCAUCAGGAAAAUUUUUGAUUCAUAAGGAAGAUGAAAAAGACUAUGUCAUACCAGAGAAAUAUCUCCUGAAUCAAGAUGAAUAUGAAUCAAAUGACAAGGAAGAAGAAUUCAUAGGUACAGGUUCACCAAAUAGUACAUCAACUACAACUUAUGACUUAGAUUCAAAAUACAUUAUUGUUACUUGGGAUGGUGAAGAUGAUCCAGAGAAUCCAAAUAAUUGGCCAUUACCUAUCCGUAUCUAUGUCAGUUUUAUCACUGGUGUCAUGUCAACAUUCACAUAUAUCGCUUCAGCAAAUUAUACUCCAGGUAUGAAACAAUUACAAGAAGAAUUUAAAAUUGAUCAAACUAAGGCAACAUUACCAUUAUCUUUAUUUGUUAUUGGGUAUGGUAUUGGUCCAAUGAUUUUCAGUCCAUUAUCUGAACAUAAAUCAAUUGGAAGAGUUAAAAUAUUCAUUGUUACAUUAUUCAUCUUUGCCAUCUUACAAAUUCCAACAGCUUUAGCUAAGAAUAUUACUUCAUUAACUAUUUUAAGAUUCAUUUCUGGAAUUUUCUCUUCUCCUUCUUUAGCCAUGGGUGGUGGUGUCUUUGUUGAUAUGUAUUCGUUACCUUAUAUGCCUGUGGGAAUUGCACUUUGGGGUAUUGGUGCUUAUUUGGGAGUUAGUUUAGGUCCAGUUGUUGGUGCUGCGUUACAAGUUGGUACUAAUGAUUGGAGAUGGAGUUUUUGGUUUUUGUUGAUUGUUUCCGCAGCAUUAUUCGUUAUAUAUUUGACUUUUAUUCCUGAAACAUAUCAUCCAAUGAUUUUAAAUGAAAAAGCUGAAAGAUUGCGCCGUUUAACUGGGAAUCCAAACAUAGUUGUACAACAAGAUAUAGAUUCAAAGAAUCAAACUGUGAGUGAAUCUAUCAGAGAAAUUUUGUGGAGACCUAUUGAAAUUGGUAUAUUUGAGCCUGUGAUUUUAUUAAUCAAUAUUUAUAUUUCUAUAUUAUAUGCAAUUAUGUAUCUUUGGUUUGAGGCAUUUCCUUAUUAUUAUGGUGAAAUCAGAGGAUUUGGUACAAUGACAACAGGUUUGACUUAUCUCUCUAUAGUGACUGGUACUUUAAUUGGUGUUGGUAUUUAUAUCUUUGUCACUUUCAGACAAUACACUAAUCCAAUGUUAAGAGAUGAACCUAUUUAUCCAGAAGUAUUUAUACCAAUAUCUAUAUUCGGUAGUAUAUUAUUACCUGUGGGGAUCUUUAUAUUUGGAUGGUCUGCCACUUCAACAAAUCAUUGGUUUGGCUCUUUAAUUGGUGGUGCUUUAUAUGGAGCAUCAGGCCUAAUAAUGUUUCAAACGUUAUUAAAUUACAUUGGUAUGUCUUUUUUCAGAUUUGUUGCUUCUGCAUUUGCAAGUAAUGCAUUUAUGAGAUCAGUUGUUGGUGGAUGUUUCCCAUUAUUUGGUAGAGCUUUCUUUAAAAAUCUUUCAACAAAGAAAUUCCCUGUUGCAUGGGGUUCAACAAUCUUAGGAGUUUUAACUCUCUUAUUAAUUUCCGUUCCUGUUUUGUUUUAUAUUAAUGGACCAAAAUUAAGAGCAACAUCAAAAUAUUCAGGGACUGGUGAGAAAAUUGUCGAUGAAGAACUUGAAUCUAAUAGCGAAAGAAAUUUAUAG